AUGCACCGUCAAAGCCCAAGUGGAAUCCGCCCAACCAAUUUCAGAAUAACUCGAUGUGGAUGGUUGAUAAUAAUAUAUACGCAUAUGAAUUUGACCAAACUGGGUGGCGCCAGGGCUGAGAGAGGCCGAAGGGGAAAGCAAGAUGAAUGUUGGCGGAAUCCUGCAUCAGAAAACUUAUUCCGUGACUUGGCGGAGAUAUUGCAUCCGAUUGGAUGGGAUAGACAAGCUGUCGAAACGUGGGUCCUCUCGCUGUUCCUACGAAGUCGUCUCAAUCGAAUAGCAGUAGCGGCUGCCACCACUAGCAAACAGGAGUCACUGAAAGGUCUUAUUCCUCGUGCUGGUGCAGGAGAAAAUAAGGGAGAGGAUAAAACAAGCGCAACAAAACAGCAAUAG